AUGCUUGUCCAACGCCUUGCCCCCUCUGCCCGCCGCGCCGCUAGCCUGCGCGCUAUCGGUACGCGUUCUACUUCCUCUGUGACUCUACCGGAUCUUCCUUAUGAUUUCGGUGCAUUGGAGCCUUCCAUCUCGGGUCAGAUUAUGGAGAUCCACCACCAAAAACACCACCAAGCGUACGUGAACAACUACAACGCCGCACUGGAACAGUACGAUGAGGCUGAAAGUAAGGGUGACCACGCGAAGCUACUUGGACUUCUACAAGCACUUAAAUUUAAUGGCGGUGGCCACGUAAAUCACUCCAUUUUUUGGACCAAUCUAGCGCCCAAGGGCCAGGGUGGUGGCAGUGAACCUGAAGGAGAGUUGCGCAAGGCUAUCGAUCAGACUUUUGGUAGUUUUGAUGUUUUCAAAAAGAAUAUGGCGGCCAAGUCGGCUGGUCGUGGGAAUCGUGACCACAGCCAACCAGGAUCCUUGCUCUACCACGGGCUAUGUACCGUUGCUGGGCAUUGA